GAUACAGUGUCUUGUAUUGUAGGUACAUAAUAUUGUAUUUAUUCAGCAAAAAAGGGAAUUUGCAUUGUUUUGACAGAUUCUCAAAUCUGAGCAUUGUAUAAUAUCAAGUAUCAUAGUAAUCAUAGUAUCAGUAAGUGUGACGCACAAGGCACAAGAAAUCGUAGGAAAAGGGUUUUUAGACAGAGAAGACCUACUAUUUCGGUGUCAUGAUAAAAAAUGUCAUCUAAGCCUGAAAAUGAUGACGACUCUUUUAUAAUUAUCCUCGGUACGUCCCCCGGAGCAAGUAUGGACGUUGAAAAUUGCAAUGGAAUUAUGAAUGGUGACCCAGAACCAGUGAUGCACAAAUCACAGAUAGAGGAUGCCAUGAAGGAUCUGUCUGUAGAAGCUAAUAUGGCUUUCAAAGCUCAAUUCAAUCUUGCUGACAGUCCAUCUCCUGCUAGUAUGAUGGUGGCUAGUACGAUAAUAACUGAUGACAGAAGUACAGAAGAGCUACAGAAACGUUUCGGUGAGUUGCUUGAUGAGAACGUGGUCUUGAAGGAGACGUUGAAACAGAAUAACGAUUCGAUGAAGGAACAGUUCAUGCUGAUAGCUUCCUGUCAAGAGGAUAUGUUAAAGACCCACAAGUUACACAGGGAGAAAUUUGAUGAGACAAGAGAUCUAGUUGAGAGGCUCAGACAAGAAAACAAGCAAUUAAAACACGACCUGUCACGUUUAACCGAAGCAGAGGUGAAUGUCAACAAUGAGACAGGCGAAAGCAAGUCUGGUGUCUCGUCGGAAAUUGAAUUCGUUACCUCCCCCGACGACGACACCAUCGACAAGCUUACCGUGCAGCUGGAGCUAGUUGAAAAACAAAGGCGACAGGUAAUUGUAGAAAAUGAGAAAUUGUCCUGGCAAAAAGAGUCCUUGGAGCACAUUGUAGAUGCCACUACAAAAGAAAGAGACGACGCCAAGGAAAAGUUGAAGAAUGUUGAGCUUCAACUGUCGAACAAAGAAAACGACCAUAUGCAGGAGUUACAAAAACUAAACUUCAUCAUCAACGACUUGCAAAGUAAAUUAAAGUCGUCCAGCUCUAAUGUAUCCCCAGAGGAGUUAAGGAACCGAGAGGCGUACACACAACAGCUGGAAGGGAAAUAUUCUAUGUUGCAGAGUGAGUUAAAGAAAGCUCAAAUCAAAAUUAUAGACUUGGAAAACGUAAAAUUGGAGUUCACGCAGCACAAGUCCGGAACAUUGGAGACGGUGAAGAUGUACAAAGAGCAGAUACAAGAGUUAAACAAUAGAAUAAAAGAGAUCCAGAAAACGGUAUUCCAGCCAGUUCGCUUUUCGAUCAGCUCCGAAAACGAGUCGUUACCGGAAUAUGCGAACUAUAUGUCCAGUGUGAAGCUCUACGACAGAACCCUUAAACACCUCUCCGAGUAUUUAGAUACGUUGACUAAUGGAUUAUCAGACAGCCUGGUCCAUACGUUAGGAGUGAUCGCAAGUCUGCAAGACUUCAAGUUGGAACGAGCUUCGGUGGACAGGGUGAUGGGCGGGCUCGCUGAGGUGAAGCAAAUGAUAGAGAAGCAACACAGCGCUGCCCUCAGCAAUCUAGGUCAAGUUCGAGGCGCGCUGUCUAUUUUCGAAGGGAUAUUUAAAGAUUUUAACGAGCUCCUUAAAAAGUCAGUCACGAAAUCCGAAAAUACGCCGGCGCAGCUGUCGGCGGCGCUGCUGGCGCGCGCGCGCGAGGUGUCGGCGCUGCGCGCGGAGCUGGCCGACUGCGAGCUGCUGCGCGCGCAGCUCGACUCCUACCGAAGUGACUUCGAAGCUGAACGAGAGGCGAGGGAGAAGAUGGCGAGUGAGAAGGAGAUCAUACUCACAGAUCUCAGAACCGCUCAGCGAAAAAUACAGGAACUCACAACUCAGUUGGAAAAAAUCCGCGCACUAAACCCGGCGUUACACAAGAGCGUCACCACGAAUCGACCGACCACCGCGUCUGCUAGACCUGCCACCACGACGGCCGCCACCAGCGCUACAUCUGCCAGCACCACCACUACCACCGGCAAUAUGGUCUACACUUGUCCAAAAUGUAUGAAGUUCUCGAGCGACCAGUACAAAGUAAUGGAGGAUCACUUCGAUUUCUGCUUGGAUGACUUUUGAACAGGUGGUGCUAUUAUGUGGAUAUACUUAUAAUCGUCUUAGAAAAUGAAACAUUUAAGCAAACUCAUUAACAGUUGUAUCGGCCGUCAUUGAAGUACGCAAAAAAAAAAAUAGUUUAUAAAACUUAGAUAUAGUAUAAUAUUAUUUGUAAUAUUUGGAAUUAUUUAUACGUCGAGAACGCGACUUCAAAUUAGAGUGAUUGUUAAAAGACUGCCUGUUCCUAAUAAAUAGUUUAGUAAAUUAUAUAUGUCAUGCUUCAUUUUCUCAUUAGUCCAGUCAUUAUAGACAUUUGGAUGUGCAAAUGCUGAGAAGGCUGAUUAUUAGAAUAUAUUGUUGGUGUGCGUUGUUCUGUAAGUUCACCACCAUCUUGAGAAAAGGGUUGAAUUUCGUUUUAUGGCCCUAACUCGGCUGUGUGUCGUGAUACGGGAAUUAUGAUAGGCCAAAUUUUUGUUGCUUCAUUUAUAAUCUACAAUUUAGGUCCUAUAAAUUUUAAACAUAUCUCUGAUGGUUAUUGAGAUAUCCCAUAGAACGCACAUAGAAUAUCGAGGUCGACAAUUUAAAGUUAAGUUUUUCUAAGUUUUCCUACAACAUAUCCAAAAAUCAGCCUUUUUGGUUCAUUUGCAUUUCUCGGCCUGCUUUUGUAUAUGAUGACUGGACCACAUUGUUAGUUUCAAAUGUAUGUAUAUUUAUUUUAUAAAAGAUUUCUGACAUUGACACAUCGGUUCUUAAAUAAUUAGUAAAGCAAAGGCUCAAACCUCAAUGUACUAUGCAUCAGCUAUGUAAGUGAAUAUUAUAUUUUAUUAUUUGAAAAAUUCAACCAGAUGCCAGACUUGUCAUUAUAAUAUUUAGUACUAUAUUGGUUUUGUAUUUUAUUUUCAAAUGUUCUUUGUGAUAUUUAAUUUGUAAUUCUGAUUUUAAAUAUUUUAUGACAAAUUUUGAUUCAAUUUGUAGCUGUGGAGAUUCUCUGUUUUGGAAUGUAUUGCGGAUAAGAUGGAAUUGUAAUUGUUUUAUUAUAAAAUAAAGUUAUU